AUGGAUUGGGAAUCAUUUUAUGACACUCAUCCUUCUCCUUCAAACUAUGAGUCUAUUAUAACGACUGUAGAAAAUUUUGUAUGCAGCCAUGAAAACGAAAAAAUGGUUUUGAUAACUUCUGGAGGAACUACAGUCCCAAUUGAACAAAAUACUGUCCGUUUCGUUGACAAUUUUAGUCUAGGAACUAGAGGUUCUGCUUCUGCUGAAUAUUUUCUUGAAGCUGGAUAUGUUGUUAUAUUUCUUUAUCGUUCAAAUUCAUUGGAGCCAUUUGUUCGUCAUUUCAACAAUUCACUAUUAGAUAAAUUGGAGAUUGUAGAUGAUAAAUCAAUACAAGUGAAACAAAGUGAACUUAAUAUGCUCUUACCAAUACUGAAGAAGUAUAAAGAUGCUAAAARUAAUGACAGAAUUCUAACAGUUUCUUUCACUACAUUGAUAGAGUAUAUGUGGUUGUUGAGAGGUUCUUGCAUGCUUAUGGAUACCAAGUAUUCUUUGCUCUAUUUAGCUGCUGCUGUUUCAGACUUCUAUAUACCACCCAAUGAAAUGGCUGAACAUAAAGUUCAAUCCAAAGAUGGACCUCCAAUGAUUGCUUUACGGCUGGUACCUAAAGUUUUAUAUGCUGUUACUCAUAUUUGGGCUCCAAAUGCAUACAUAAUUUCAUUCAAAUUAGAGACUGAUAACAGUAUUUUAGAACAAAAAGCCAAAGGGGCUCUUACUAAAUACAAGCAUCAACUUGUUAUUGGUAACUUACUACACACAAGGAAACAUCAUGUCAAGUUAAUAGCUCAAGAUGGUGUUAUUGAAGAUAUUUUAUUGACCGAGACAGAUACAAAAAAAGGAAUUGAGAUUGAAGAUUUAAUUGUAUCAAAUGUCAAAGUUAAACAUGACCAAUUCUUUAAAAGUCAAAAUUAAUGAACAAAUAAUGUAUAGUCAAAAUUACAGUGGUCAGCAAUUAGAGAUCAUGCUCUUUUUCAAUGUUUGUUUGAUUGAAAAAUAUUUAUUGCUUUUCAGUAUUUUUCAAACUUUCUAAGUGAUGAUUUCCCAAAUUUUAGUGUUGUGUUUUGCAACUUUUAAAAAMUUUUAUAAUAAAUUUAAAAUUGGUGUAUGUAAUAAGUAAAAACAAUUUUCUUAGUUAUUAUUUAGUAUUCAUCUCGGUUGUUUUAUUGAAAUUAUGUUUGAGGUAUUUCUACAAAGUUUCAAUGAUUAAUAGUACGAGUUGGUCCUCAACACGAUUUAGUUAUUCUUAUUAUAAUUUCUUUUUAUACAUUUAUGCCCAAACACAUAUUUAACUUAAUACUAAUUCAAUUUUAAUAGGGAAAAGAUUUCAACAAAAACAGGUUUUUGGCUGAAUAUGAGUCUUAACUUGAAUAGAGUAAUACUGAACAUUAAAUAUAUACAUUAUUUUAUUUUAAAAUAACAAUUUAUUUUGAAAUAAUUAUAAUAAUUAAUGUAAAGAUAAAAUUUAAAUACAAUGUAAAUAGAAUUAAAAUUAUGAAUGUGAAAUGUUUCAAUUCUUAUAUCUUACAUUAUUAUGUAAUACAGGUCAGUAUGGAAUAUAAUAGUGUAGUGMACCAAUAUAAUAUUAUAUUCUUAUCACUAAUAAAUCACUAUAUAUGUCAUAUAAUGUUUAUACACGUAAAUCUAUUACAUUUUAAAUCAAUACUUACAGUAUAGUAUUUAAUUGUUACUUUGUCAUUCACAUUAAAAA